AUGGAGCGCAAUAUCGACAUUUACGCCAGCAAGCUGGGGGACGAGAAGCUGGAUGUGAAAGUAAGAGCAAAUGUCGCAACCGAAUUGCGAGACAGCAUUGAGCCGCUCUGCCAGGGCGCAAGCUACCCCGUGUUCCUGGCAAAGCUAUGGCCUGUCUUCAAGACAAUCCUGAAGGGAGAGCCGGUCUUCUUCAGCAUGUCGUACGAGCAGAAACUUCGAAACUGCAUCCUCGAGACACUUCAUCGUUUACCUACAGCUUCACCAGAUGUCGAACCGUAUGCCGCGGACAUGGUGGAUGUGUUAAUGGAACUCGCCCGGAUCGAGAACGAAGAAAAUGCGGUUCUCUGCAUGAAAACCAUUAUGGACCUGGAACGGAAUCAGGCAAAGGCUACCGCGGCACGGGUGCAGCCUUUCCUGGAGCUUAUCCAAGAGAUGUUCCAGACCAUGGACCAAGUGGUACGGGACACAUUUGACACUCCUAAUCAAGCAACACCAUCAGGAAUGCCUUCAACACCGAAUACAAGUGCACAAAACUUUCAAUCCCCACGGCCAAGCUCUCCUGCUACCUCUGUGUCAGACCUGGGACCUGACCAGCAGGCAAGCAAUGUGAUCUUGAAGGGCAUGCAGUCAUUCAAGGUUCUGGCCGAAUGUCCUAUCAUCGUGGUUUCAAUCUUCCAAACCCAUCGCGCUUCGGUCGCCCAGAACGUGAAACUUUUCGUGCCGCUUAUAAAGUCAAUCUUGCUUUUGCAAGCCAAGCCGCAAGAAAAGGCACAUGCAGAUGCCGCUAGCCAAGGCACAAUCUUCACUGGAGUUUGCAAGGAGAUUAAGAACCGUGCGGCAUUUGGCGAGUUCAUUACAGCCCAAGUCAAGACGAUGAGUUUCUUGGCAUAUCUGCUUCGCCUUUAUGCUCACCAGCUCCAAGACUUCCUCCCCACGCUGCCAUCUGUUGUUGUCCGUCUUCUCCAAGACUGCCCUCGAGAGAAAUCUGGUGCACGAAAGGAGCUCCUUGUCGCCAUUAGACACAUCAUCAACUUCAACUACCGGAAGAUCUUCCUUGAAAAGAUUGACGAACUUCUCGACGAGCGCACUCUUAUUGGUGAUGGACUCACUGUCUACGAGACCAUGCGUCCCUUGGCGUAUAGUAUGCUUGCUGAUCUUAUCCACCAUGUUCGAGAGUAUCUCAGCCGUGAUCAAAUCCGUCGCACGGUUGAAGUGUAUACCAAGAAUCUUCACGAUGAUUUCCCCGGCACAAGUUUCCAGACCAUGAGUGCGAAGCUGCUUUUGAACAUGGCCGAGAAGAUUUCCAGACUUGAGGACAAGCGCGAAGCACGCUACUUCUUGAUCAUGAUCCUGGACGCGAUUGGUGAUAAAUUUGCCUCCAUGAACCAUCAGUUCAACAAUGCAGUGAAGGUUUCCAAGGCGUACAAGGACUCCCGAAAGGACACAGAACCGACCACUGAGAAUUACCUUGCGGAGAAGGACCAGCCGCCCGACUGGGAUGAAAUCGACAUCUUUUCUGCCUCGCCGAUCAAGACCACAAGCCCUCGUGACCGUGGCGGUGAUCCCGUCUCUGAUAACAUCUUCUUAUUCAGGAAUUUGAUUAACGGUCUGAAGAACAUUUUCCACCAACUGAAGAACUGUAAUCCAGACGACAUCCAGAUUGAUCCGAACAGCGUUCCCAUCAACUGGUCUGAGGUCUCCUACGGAUACAAUGCUGAGGAGGUUCGUGUGAUCAAGAAGCUUUUCCAUGAGGGUGCCCGUGUGUUCCGUUAUUACGGCGUGGACCAAGCCCCUCCUGAGAUGAACUAUUCGUCUCCAUUCGAUUUCCUCGCCAGCCAAUAUACCGCCCCUAUGACGCGAGAAGAGAAGGAGCUCCUGGAGAGCUUUGGCACUGUCUUCCACUGUAUUGAUACGGCGACGUUCCACGAGGUCUUCCAUUCGGAAAUCCCAUAUCUGCAUGAACUGAUGUUCGAGCACGGUGCUCUGCUUCACUUGCCACAAUUCUUCCUCGCCAGUGAAGCAACCUCGCCCGCAUUCUCAGGAAUGGUGUUGCAGUACCUCAUGGAGCGUAUUCAUGAAGUUGGAACUUCGGAUAUGACCAAGGCGAAAAUUCUCCUCAGGAUGUUCAAGCUGUCAUUCAUGGCUGUUACCUUGUUCUCCGUGCAGAAUGAGCAGGUCCUACAUCCCCAUGUGACCAAGAUUGUCACCAAGUGCAUCGAACUGUCAGUCACGGCCGAGGAGCCGAUGAACUACUUCCUCCUUUUGCGUUCACUGUUCCGUAGUAUUGGCGGUGGACGCUUUGAGCUUCUAUAUAAGGAAAUCCUUCCCCUUCUAGAAAUGCUCUUGGAAACGUUCAACAAUCUGCUCCUCGCUGCCCGCAAGCCCCAGGAGCGCGACCUCUACGUCGAGUUGACCUUGACAGUUCCUGCACGAUUGAGUCAUCUUCUGCCUCACCUGAGCUACCUAAUGCGACCAAUUGUGGUGGCCUUGCGUGCUGAUUCUGAUCUUGUCGGACAAGGUCUCCGCACACUUGAGCUUUGCGUGGAUAACUUGACGGCUGACUAUCUCGACCCCAUCAUGGCUCCCAUCAUGGACGAACUGAUGACUGCGCUUUGGGAUCAUCUCCGACCUCAUCCAUACAAUCACUUCCACGCGCACACUACCAUGCGCAUUCUUGGCAAGCUGGGUGGUCGAAACCGCAAGUUCUUGAAUCACCCGCCCGAGCUCUCCUUCCAGCAGUACUCCGAUGACAACCCUAGUUUCGACAUCCGACUCAUUGGUCCAAGCGAGAAGCGACCUUUCCCUGUGGAUAUCGGUAUUGAUCUGGCUAUCGGUAAACUCAUGGAGGUCCCCAAGUCUCCAACUACCAAGUCCUCGGAUAUCUACUACAAGCAGCAGGCUUAUAGGAUGCUGAGCUCGCACCUCAAACUUCAAAUUGGAUUUGAGAAUCUGCCUGAUGACCUGGCCUCAUUAAUCCGUCUUCAUGCCAACGAUCUGUUCGAGGGUAAAGCCAGUGCCAUGGUUGACAUCCUCGAGAAGUCCGAGAGAUCAGCAUCGAUCCCGAAGAAGGUGGCGCAGGAAGCCACCGUGAAGAAGCUUCUCAAGGCCUGUAUCUUUGCUGCUACUGUUUCCGAACUCGAGCCCGCUGCCUCUGCUUUCGUCGCCGAUGUCUGUAAGCACUUUGCCAUCGUUGAGGUCGGUCGAGCUCUCGCCCAAGCCCGUCAUAAUCGCAAGCCUUUCGACGUGGCAAACGGUGAAGGUCCUGUCUACAUCGACUCCCGGGUUUUAGCUGAAGCGAUCGUUGAGUGUCUCUCGUCUGACAGCGCUCCCGUUCGCGAGGCCGCGGAGCAGGCAAUGCUUGUUGUCAAAGAAGCCGCUGGUGUCAUGUUUGGUGCCCCGGAGAAGGCUGCCAAACUCCCAUUCUUCCAACAUUUGGGCCGCGUCUUCUGCCACAGCUGCCACAGCGAGGAGUGGUUCACCAAGGCCGGAGGAAGUUUGGGCAUCAAGCUUUUGGCUUCCAAGAUGGACCUUGGAGACUCAUGGUUGUAUGAGCGACACGUUGAAUUUUCUCGUGCGCUCCUCUACGUCAUCAAAGACACGCCUGCAGACCUUCCUGCCUCCACGCGGAUACAGUCACAGGAGACCAUGACUUUGAUCCUUAAGCGCUGCGGCAAGCUGAUUCCCAAGGAUGAUCUCAAGAACGAGAAGAGCCGUUUGUUCUCACUGUGCGGCCUCUUUGUCUACGAGCUUGGCCAUAUGAACAAGCAUGUUCGCGAGACAUCAAAGCUUUGCUUUGCUACCCUCAAGGAGGAACUGGGCUGCGAGGUACACGAGCUUAUUCUCCCUGUUAGGGAUCGUCUUCUUCAGUCAAUCUUCAACAAACCUCUGCGCGCUUUGCCUUUUGCUACGCAAAUUGGUUUCAUUGAUGCCAUCACUUAUUGCCUGAGCUUGCAGAAUGAGAUUGUGAGCUUCAAUGAGCCGCUAAAUCGAUUGAUGCUGGAGUCCCUAGCCCUUGCCGACGCCGAUGACGACUCGCUCGCGUCGAAGCCUAACGAGUUCAAGAACGCCGACAUGAUUGUGAACCUGCGUGUGGCUUGCUUGCGCCUCCUGUCUAUGGCGAUGAACUUCCCUGAUUUCGCCAACACUCCACAGAACACAAGCCGCGCGCGAAUCAUCUCCGUCUUCUUCAAGUCGCUUUACUCACGGGCCCCCGAGGUCAUCGAGGCUGCGAACGCUGGUCUUAAGGAUGUGCUGACGCAGACUAAUAAGCUGCCAAAGGACUUGCUUCAGAAUGGUCUUCGCCCCAUCCUCAUGAAUCUGCAGGAUCCCAAGCGUCUGAGUGUGGCUGGUUUGGACGGUCUUGCUCGCCUCUUGACGCUCCUUACCAACUAUUUCAAGGUUGAGAUUGGUGCUCGUCUUCUAGAUCAUAUGAAGGUCAUUGCCGACGAUAUGACUUUGCAAAAAGUGUCCUUUAGCUUGGUUGAGCAGAAUCCCGCCAUGAAGAUUGUGGCCGCGAUCUUUAAUAUUUUCCACCUCCUUCCUCCGGCUGCCACGUCUUUCAUGGAGAACCUGAUCGACAAAGUUCUUGACCUUGAGAAGAAGUUGCGGAGAACCUCCCACAGCCCAUUCCGCAAGCCUCUCGUCAAGUAUCUCAACCGUUAUCCCAAGGAAAGUUUGGCAUUCUUCCUGGCCCGCUUCAAGGAAGAGGGCUAUGGACGUUUCUUCGGGCAGAUACUGGCCGAUCCUGAGAGCGAUGCUCUUCGCAAUGCCGUGGUGGCCGAUACCGAGAACUUCACCUCAACCGCAUUUGGGCUGGAGGCCACGGAUGAGAAGCGAAACACUGCAGCGAUUAAUGGCAUUUACAUCGCACACUCAAUUUGCUCAUAUGGCUCCACCAAGCGUUGGCUGGUUUCCCACGCGGAUCUGCGGACCAAGCUCCUCACCUCAGGUCGAGAGCUGGAGCGGAAGUUGCGGGGCGAUACCUUGCCCCCUGAUGAGCGCCUUCGAGUCGAACAGGCCGAAGACCAGUUGAUGGACAUCUUCACGGUUUAUUUGACGGAAGCAUCGCAUGACUUGGACUUCCUAUUUGAAGUCAUCGACGGAUUGUCAGCCGAUGAGUUCAAGCGGACGCUGGCUCUUCCCAAAUUCAUUUAUAAUCACAUCAUCGUGAACGAAUCCAUUGACUACCGACGCUCUGUCAUCAUGCGCUGUCUCGACCUCUACGGCCAGCGUGCCUGCUCCCAGAAAACCAAGACUUAUGCCUUCCGACACCUGGUCAACCCCAUCUUCGCUAUGGAUGUUCAGACUACAUGGAACAGCCCCGCGAACACUCCGAAGCUGAUGGACAAGAGCAUGACCGAGUCCAUCCAGAGCCGCCUGUGGAAGCCUCAGCUGGCCGAUUUGAGCGAGGAGUCGAGUCAAGCUGGAGUCGAUCAUUCCCGCAUGGAAUUGCUUCAGUUGUCUGCUUUAUUGAUCAAGUACCAUCAUCAGACGGUGCAGGACUCUCGCAAGGAUAUCAUCAAGUUCGCCUGGAACUACAUCCGUCUCGAAGACAUUAUCAACAAGUAUGGUGCCUAUGUGCUGAUCAGUUACUUCAUUGCCCAUUACGAGACGCCUUUCAAGAUUGUGAUUCAGGUCUACGUUGCUUUGUUGAGAGCGCAUCAAAAUGAAGGCCGUGCUCUCGUCACGCAAGCUCUGGAUGUUCUGGCCCCAGUCCUACCAACCCGAACUGCUGGUAACCAAGGCCCGGAGGCACGAUACCCGCUUUGGGCUAAGUGGCCACGACGUAUCUUAGCCGAGGAGACCGCCAACCUGCAGCAGGUGAUGAGUAUUUUCCAAUUCUUGGUCCGACAGCCUGACCUCUUCUACGAGUCGCGAGAGCACUUUAUUGCUGGCCCACCCAACACCUCCAAUGACAGCAAGAAACUGGCACUCAACCUGAUUGACCUCAUCUGGCGCUGGGAAGCGAAACGUGUGCAGGCGAUUGGGACAAGCCCUACCGUACUCAAUGGAGCCCUUGAGUCGCCGAACGCGAAGAAGCGCAAGCUCGAGGAAACACAAGAAGCGGCCUCCGCAUCUCCAUCACUUGGGCCUCCACCCAGCCGAGAGCGCUUAGACUACACGGUCCCUCCCGAACUACGUGCUGCUCUGAUCAAGUAUUUGAUUACCUUCAUCACCACCAUCUCCGAGCGCUUUUUGGUCCCUGCUGCACACAUUCGCCAAUUGCCCACCAAUAAGCAGCCGCCUCCACCACCAGUCCCAAGCGGUGAGAUGAUCAACAAGGCAGUCAGCCUUCUUCGGAACCUGCUUUCCAAGGAGUACUGGGGAGAUCUCGACAUCGAUCUCUAUCAAAAGGUGACAGAGCCUAUUCUGGCUGGAGAGAAGGCCGACAAACCCGAUGAGAAGCAGAUCACUCCCAUGGUCAACGCUUUGCAGGUCUUGCGUGUGCUCAUCGCGGCAAAGCCCGAUGAGUGGAUUACGGCUCGUUUGGCAACUAUCCAGAAGCUCCUUGAGAAACCUCUGAAGUCCGACAACCCGGAGAUUCAAGACUGUCUGCAUGGACUCGAAGAUGAAAUGGACAUCUCUCCCAAACUGCCAGCCCCAGUUCGCCGUGUUCUCGAGGCUAUUCCAGAUGACCAGCCUGACGAAGAAGAUGCUAUGGAUGCUGAGAGCACGCCGUCAGAGUUUGCUACAUACCUGUCCGCCAUUGCCACCGAGACGCUGUCAGCUAGCAACUACACUGCUGCUUUGAACACACUGUGGACACUCUCCAAGCUCAAACCUGCCGAGAUCGACACGCAUAUCCCUGCUGUCAUGAAGGCCUUCUCGCAGAAGCUGGCCAAGGAACACGUUGCGGCCUCUACCAAUCAGAAUGGACAGCAGCCUCCCCAGGGUCAGAAGCCCGCGGAGGGAGUUCCUGACCAGCAAGAAUUCGAGCUAGGAGUUGACCUCAUUUUCAAGACCAUUGAACUCAUCUCAGUCCGGAUGUCUCACCUCGGUGACCAGCGUCGCCCGUUCCUCAGCGUGCUAGCUUCGAUCGUUGAGCGAUCCCAGAACAUCAAGUUGUGUAGCAAGGUCUUGGGCAUGGCUGAAGAGUGGAUCUUCCACUCAACCGAGUCAUGGCCCACGCUCAAGGAGAAAACGGCGGUGUUGCACAAGAUGUUGCUCUUUGAGUCUCGCCAGGAUCAGACCAUGCUGAAGAAGUUCCUUGAUCUUGUUAUUCGCAUCUAUGAAGACUCCAAGAUCACACGCACCGAGUUGACUGUCCGGCUAGAGCAUGCCUUUUUGAUCGGUACUCGAGCUCAAGAUGUGGAGAUGCGGAACCGAUUCAUGAGCAUCUUCGAUAAGAGUUUGACUCGUCUUGCGAGCUCCCGGUUGAGCUAUGUGCUGACUUGCCAGAAUUGGGAUACCCUUGCUGAUUCCUUCUGGCUGGCCCAAGCAUCUCACCUCAUCCUUGGCUGUGUUGACAUGAACACCACGGCUCGACUGCACCAAGACGACUUCACGGUGUAUCCCCUGUCAUUCCUUUUCGCUGGUGGUGACAAGGACUCGAGGAAGGCAGAUAUCAUGGUAGACAGUCAGUUGGAGAAUUUCGUCGCCGAACGCAAACGUUUCAUGUCCGAUAUUGGUGAUGUCCGGGUUCGCGACUUGAUUGAGCCACUUUCUCAGCUCCAGCAUACCGACUCGCAGGUGGCUUACAAGCUGUGGACCACUCUGUUCCCUAUCUACUGGUCCACCUUGUCCAAGGAUGAUCGCAUCGAUCUCGAAAAGGGUAUGGUUACUCUGCUCACCCGAGAAUAUCACCAACGCCAAUUGGACAAGAGACCAAACGUUGUUCAAGCUCUUCUCGAAGGUGUUGUGCGUGCCAGCCCUCGGUUCAAGGUUCCUCCUCAUGUCAUGAAGUACCUCAGCCGUACAUACGAUGCUUGGUAUACCGCCGCAACCUACCUGGAGGAGAGCGCCAUCAAGCCGAUCAUUGAUACCCCUACCGUUCGCGAGAGUAAUCUGGAUGCUCUGGUUGAAGUCUAUGCUGGUCUUCAGGAAGAUGACUUCUUCUAUGGCACAUGGCGCCGCCGCUGCAAGUUUGUGGAAACCAAUGCAGCCCUCUCCUACGAGCAACAGGGCAUGUGGGAUAAAUCUCAGCAGCUCUACGAGAACGCACAAAUCAAGGCACGCUCCGGUGCGAUGCCUUUCUCGCAGGGUGAAUACUUUGUCUGGGAAGAUCACUGGCUGAUCUGCGCCCAAAAGCUUCAGCAGUGGGAGAUCUUGAGUGAUUUCGCUAAGCACGAGAACUUGAAUGAUCUCCUGCUGGAGGCUGCUUGGAGGAACAUUGAGAAUUGGCAGAGUGAGGGCACUCGCGAGCAACUCGAGUCCUUGAUCAAGUCCGUUUCCGAUGCUCCGACUCCACGACGCACCUUCUUCCAGGCAUUCAUGGCCCUUCUUCAGUACCACAUGAAGAAGGAGAACAUGCAAGAUUUCAACAGUGUCUGCGACGAGUCCAUUCAACUUUCCAUCCGCAAAUGGUUGCAACUGCCUAAGCGCAUCACCAACGCCCAUAUCCCCAUUUUGCAGCACUUCCAACUCCUGGUUGAGCUGCAUGAUGCCAGCCACAUUUGCGGUAGCUUGUCUCAGACCAACGAGCGAAACCUGGACACCAAGUCUGCGGAGUUGAAGCUUCUUCUUGGAACCUGGCGCGACCGGUUGCCUAACCUCUGGGACGACAUCAACACGUGGCAGGACCUUGUCACCUGGCGACAGCAUAUCUUCCAGCUCAUCAACCAGACAUACCUGAGUCUACUUCCGCCACAGACUAACAACGUGGCCAGCAACUCCUACGCCUAUCGCGGCUACCACGAGACUGCCUGGAUCAUCAAUCGCUUCGCCCAUGUUGCUCGGAAGCACCAAAUGCCCGAGGUCUGCAUCAACCAGCUCAGCCGUAUCUACACGCUGCCCAACAUCGAGAUCCAAGAGGCGUUCCUCAAGCUUCGGGAGCAGGCUAAGUGCCACUACCAGAACCCCAAGGAACUCAACAGUGGAUUGGAUGUGAUCAACAAUACCAACCUCAACUACUUCGGACCCCAGCAGAAGGCCGAGUUCUACACUCUCAAGGGCAUGUUCCUUGCCAAGCUCGACCAUGUCAAUGAGGCCAACGAGGCUUUCGGAGUUGCUCUUUAUUACGACCUCCGACUUGCCAAGGCCUGGUCUGAAUGGGGACAGUACAGCGAUCAACGGUUCAAGUCUGACCCGUCCGACUACGAGUUGGCGAGCAAUGCCGUCAGCUGUUAUCUGGAAGCGGCUGGCCUCUACAAGAGCGCCAAGUCGCGGAAGCUGCUCAGCCGUAUCCUUUGGCUUCUCAGCCUGGAUAACGACGAAGGACAGAUUGCCGGCGCCUUUGAAAACUUCAAGGGAGACACUCCUGUUUGGUAUUGGAUUACCUUUAUCCCUCAACUUCUUACUAGUCUGUCUCAUCGCGAGGCUCGUCUUUGCAAGGCUGUAUUGGUGAAGAUUGCCAAGCUCUACCCACAGGCUCUAUUCUUCCUCCUUCGCACGAAUCGGGAGGACAUGCUGAGCAUCAAAAAGCAGCAUGACCAGAAGCAAGAAAAGCUGAACAAGGUCAGACAAGCUCAGCAACAGCAACAGCAGAGAUCUUCGCCAAACCUAAAGGCUCCCGCGAGUGGGGAGACAUCAUCUCCUGCACAGAGGCCCCCAGGCAGUGCUCCUGGCCCGAGUGCUUCUCCCGCCGGCCAAGCAGCGAACCUGCCGACAACUCAAUCUCCCGCCCAGCCGACGCAAAGCCAGUCUCCUGCCCAGCCACCGAACGCGCAGGUUCAGGCCUCUCCACGUCAGGGUCAAGGACAGAGUCCCAAGCAAGGUCAGCCGCAAGGUCAGCCGCAAGCCCAGGGACAGCAACCGCAAGGCCACCUACAAGUACCUGGUCAGGCUGGACCUACACCGCAGAACCAAGGUGCCGCUCCCGGGGAGUCUACUGAAAAGGAGCCUCUCAGAAAGCCUUGGGAGUACUCUGACGAGAUCAUGUCUGGCUUGAAGACUGCAUUCCCAUUGCUGGCCCUCUCAAUGGAGACAAUGGUCGAUCAGAUUCACAAGAACUUCAAGUGCCCGCCUGAUGAGGAUGCCUAUCGUCUCAUCGUUGCUCUUUUGAACGACGGGCUGGCUUACGUGGGACGGAUGCCUGGAUCAUAUGCACAGGAUUUCAAGCUUCCUCCUGCGACCGAGGCCAAUAUCACCCGGUUUGCGGAGACUAUUCUGCCAGCGCACAUCCGCAAGUCGUUUGAGGCUGACUUCGUAGUCAAAAAGCCAACAAUGCACGAGUACAUCCAGAAGCUGCGUCGCUGGCGUGACAAGUUUGAGGAGAAGCUCGACCGUCGACCACAGUCAGGAUUCCUCGAGAGCUACUCGCCGCAUCUCAGUGAGUUCCGCUUCCUCAAGUUUGAUGAAGUUGAAGUUCCCGGACAAUACCUCCUGCACAAGGAUAAGAAUCAGGACUUUGUUCGCAUCGAUCGUUUCCUGCCUGAUGUGGAUCUGGUCCGCGGUAUCGGUGUCUGUCACCGUCGCCUCAAGAUCCGGGGUCACGACGGUAGCAUCCAAGCCUUUGCUGUCCAGCACCCUGCAGCACGCCACUGCCGUCGCGAAGAACGCAUUCUUCAGCUGUUCCGCAUCUUCAACGGGCUGCUAGCUAAGCGCAAGGAAAGCCGACGCCGCAAUCUGUACUUCCAUCUUCCCCUGAUGGUACCGCUGGCACCGCACAUCCGUUUGGUCCGGGAUGACUCCUCGUAUAUCUCCAUGCAAGGUAUUUAUGAGGACUAUUGCCGACGAGUCGGUAUGAACAAGGAUGAGCCCGUUCUUUUCACAAUGGAUCGUAUGCGCUCUCUAGCAGAGACAAAGCAGAAUGUAAGUUCUACGGCCGCUCUUUACUUCCUCGACGACGCUAACACUUCAAAGCGCACGGCCGAUCAGCAGCAGGUUCUUCGUACCGAGAUUUUGACCGCCAUUCAAGACAAAUGGGUCCCAAGCACCGUGGUCUUGGAGUACUUCCAGAACACCUAUCCCAACUUCGCCGACUUCUGGCUGUUCCGGCGUCAAUUCGCUUACCAGUACGCUGCGGUGGCCUUUAUGACCUACAUUAUGCACAUUGGCAACCGGUACCCCAACAAGAUUCUGGUGUCGCGCUCGACGGGGGACAUCUGGGGUGCGGAGUUGAUCCCGACCAUCAACCCUGCCAAGGCAAUCUUCUACAACCCGGAGCAGGUGCCGUUCCGUUUCACUCCCAACAUUCAAACCCUGCUGGGUCCUAUUGCCACGGAAGGUCUGUUUGCCUGUGCUAUGAUGGCGAUUGCCCGUUGUUUGACCGAGCCUCGACACGAGCUUGAGCAGCAGCUCAGCGUAUUUGUACGCGAUGAGAUGAUGUUCUGGGCGACUGCCCAGCAUCGUGGCAACCUGGCCGUGCCGCAGCUGCGCGAACUGGUUUAUAACAACAGCGAGAUCAUCGUCAACCGCGCUGUCAGCCUCGCCAGUCCACCGGAAGGCAAUCUGCCUGCCAACCAGACAACGAUUGACUUGGUUUCUCGGGCCGUCAACCCCCAGCACUUGGCCUCGUGCGAUGCAUUGUGGAUGCCGUACCUCUGA